AUGCUGAAGUCAACGAUCGUGGACCCCCGAGUGCGCCUUGUGCCCUCAAAGAAGCUGCUGGAAUUUCUGGAUUCUCAGAAGGAGUACCUCCCAGAAGUAACCGAAAAUCUGGCCAAGAUUAUGAAGCAAAAGGGAUUUACCCUGCCCCUUAAUAUACAGAUAAUCAAGGAUAAAGAAGUAGUCUGCAAACGUCCAAAGAUUGACCAUCCUCUGCUGAAAAAACUAACUGAAAAUAUUAAAUUUACGUCUGAAAAGCCUUUGAAGAAUAAGCCGGAUUCCUCAAAGGAAAAAGAUAAUGAUGAAGAAACUCCGAAUGAGAAGAAAAAUUUCCUCUUGUUGAGCGACUUGCACUGGCUAAAUAACACUUUGGUGGAACUGCGCCGCCAGGAUCAUUGCCAGGUUUUUCUCCAUCAACUAAUUGACACCUGUGAACUCAUUUUGCCCGAAAACGAGCUAAAGCCUCGCAAUCCUGAGCUGGAAGCCCGUUGCGAGCGUCUGCGCGCUGAACAGCACAACCGGGAUUACCUUAAGAUGACUAAGAACGUAGAUGCCGGCCUAAAACAUUAUCCCGAAGACACUAUCUCCUAUCAGAUUAAGAGCCUCAACAAGCAGAUCAUUGCCGUAGUUCAGUUCAUCUUCUCCGUGGCCGCUGGCUUUACUUUCGGUUUCUUUGGCGUCAAUUUGAUGGUGGGCCCUCUGCCCUUUGGAUUUCGCAUUUUGCUGGGAGUGAUUGUCGCUCUCAUCAUAGCCUUGGCUGAGAUGUACUUCCUGGCCAAAAAGCUGCACGAGUACGAUGAAGUGCUGGAUGCACCCAAACGUAAGCAACAGGCAACGACGCCGGUAAAGCGCAAGGUGGUUGCCAAACCACCAACCGAAGGAAGCCAAGUCCAGACAUUAAAACCGCACGCUGACUAGAUGAAUAAGGACUCAAAAUUGUUCUUUAUGUACAUUCUUUUGUAUUAUUUCGCGUUGCAAUGUUAGGUUAUAUAAAUA